AGUUGUGCAAAUAUUGCGGCAUUUGAUCUGGAUGAAACAUUAAUCACAACUAAAGGUGUUAAUAAAUUUCCAAAAGAUGCUAAUGAUUGGAAAUGGUUAAAUAAAAAAGUUCCAGAAAGACUGACAAAACUUUAUGAAGAAGGGUAUAAAAUUAUUAUUGUAAGUAAUCAAGCUGGGCUAAAUUCUGAAAAAAAAAAUAGUGAUAAAAGGAGAUCUGAUUUUAAAAAUAAGAUCGGGCAAAUCGCAGACAGUUUGAAUGUAUCAUUUGAAAUUUAUGCUUCAAUGGGUCACGAUAAAUAUCGAAAACCUAUGAUUGGAAUUUGGAAUUAUUUUGCUGAAAACCGAAAUGUUGGUGUCACUAUUG